AUGGAAUUGGAUGAGGCCAACGCAUUUGGUGAAAUAUUCCCGAACCCACAAGACCUCAAGAGUCAGAUCCUGGAGAUUGUAGAAAAUAUCCAUAAUCGUUCUUCUGACUCGGCGACCCGCCCCAAAUUCCUCGCUGUCAGGAAAUAUUUCGAUUCCCCGCGCUGCGCAUCAUCAUCCACCUCUCCCCCUUGCGGACGUGAAAAAUGCGGUCGUUGCUCCACAGUCCUGGAAAAUUUCACCUACAGCCAUUCACAAUCUGCUAGGCUCACUCUAUCAUUGGUCCAACCUGAGUAUGGAGAGUAUCUGGCGGUGUCAUACUGCUGGUCGCAGAGAGAGUCGUUCCGGUCAACUGCCAAAUCUGAUUUCAUGUCAGAUUUGUGCCAUAACAUGCCGGUGAUGAUUGAGCAGCUGGAUGGGACUGUCAGAGAUUCAAGAGCACCAUGCAGGAUUCUUAGAAGAGCAAUCAGGCACGCCCAGGAUAACGGUCUCAAAUACAUAUGGAUUGAUCAAGAAUGCAUCGAGCAGCAUGAUCCACUAGAGAAAGCAAUAGCUAUCGAAGGUAUGGACCGCAUGUAUGCUCGAGCUCAGACGGUUCUUUCGUUGCUGGAUUUACGCCUGCCGGACGAGCACGCUGCUGUCGUGAUGAAGGCUUUGGAAAGACCGCCACGUUCUAUAGAUUUCACGAAUGGUGUCAUUCAAUGGGUCUAUCGGCCAAAUGUAGAGGAGUUAAUAAAUGGAGCGGAUGCAUUGUGUCAUAUUCUGGAACUCGUCGCGGAGGACAGAUGGUUUACGAGAGCCUGGAUCAGACAAGAAAGGCUAUGCGCGGAAUCCAGGAGCGGCAGCAGUGAGCUGUGGACAAUGUGUACGCCUGAGUUGUCGACAAGAAUUCCCGGGGAGAUGUGCAUCGAUACCGAUAUGUUCAACAUGGCGAUGCCGGUCGUUCUGGAUGCGCUCGACAGCCGAGACAAGAGCCUUAAAACCAGACUCGAGGCGGCCUAUCAAAGGUUCCGAGAUGCAGACGCGUUUCCAUUUGAUGCGGUUCGGACUAAGGGAGGCAAAAGUCUCAAUAUGAUGCAGGGAGUCAGUAUACUUGAGAACAAAGGCUGUUUAAUAGCUUCGGACAAGGUUGCGCUCGUGGGGAACUGCUGCGGCUGGUCCGGGAGGAUUCACCAGGAAUUGCUUAGACGCCCAGGCCUCAGUUACAGUGCUUGUCUGUGGGCUUUGGCGAUUAUGAAUGGCGAUGCUUCUAUGUUCUGUCAGGAUCCGAACUGUGCCUCAGCGGAACGCAGCCAGCGGAUGAUGUGGAUGCCGACCAAGAGCACCUCACUGACUCAAUUGGUCUGCCCCAAAGCAACACGAGACGUUAAUAUGAAAAUUACGAAAGAGGGCCUUGAAACCCUGGGUUGGGUUUGGAAAGUAGGCAAGUUUGUGGACUUGAAUUGCAUGACCGAUUUGUUGCCAACGUCGAAGCUCACAGAUGCAAGAGACAUGGUAGUUUUACUUAAGCACAAGACAUUUUACUGGCAACUCCUCCGCAAACUGGACUCCAUGCGCCUCCAUUCCGCAGCCAAUCUGCUAUGGAACGCUCUGAAAUAUAGGGGCCCUUUUGGUAUAUAUGGCAGGCAUCUUGCUGAGGUCCCCAAUAUCUCCUUAGAUCAGAUCGCUGAUCCAGACACUGGAAGGUAUACUGUUACGUACCAACGUCUCGGCUUCAAAGAUGAAGAGGAGUACAUGAACAGUACAGAUGCUAUCGAGGAUGACUAUGCUUUCUAUCAUCGAUUUUGCCCCUACGACGAUGCGUUGGCAGGAUACAGACAUACCAACUGUGAACUCACAAACAAGGAAAACUACCAUCUCCUCUUGGGGGACGGUGCGGUUAUAGAAUCGUUCUCCUGGAUCAUAGAAUCAAUCAAAAACACAGGUGGAAUCUCGAUCGGAUAUCUCACUCAUGACAAUGAAGAACAGAUAGUACUCACAGAUGCCUCCAGCAACCGCCCUUACAUUUUUACCCAAUUUCGCCCCGUUACCAAACACGUUCGUGGCGACCGCACCGAAAAGCGCCUCAUUGAGUGGUCUCCCUUUGAUAUCUGGCGCGCAGAUCGUGAAAAUCAUCGAGAUGCUCCAUUCUCUUGGUCCGCCUAUGAACAGGACCAUAGCCAUAACAAAGGUGCCGAUGGUGUAGAGACUGCCACCACCACCACCACCACCAAUAGUAGAAGCACCAAGACAGUCGCAGUUACUGCUAUGGAACCAUGUAACGUCCUCUUCGACGUCCGAAACAUCCGGUCCCAGAAUCAUACCCUGGAUUGGCCGGAAGAGUUCUAUAGGGACUCGUGGAUAUUGGAUCCCUCGGACCGGAGUAAUGUUGAACCAUCAAGAACCAGUGCAUCCCAAGAAUUAGGUACAGACCAACUGUGGUUUGACGAAUUACUACAGCGGGUAGCAGGUGUCAGUAUUGACCAAGUAAAGGAGGAGCAGGAGGAAUCGGAGGAGAAACCAUGGGAGGAGUCCUGUGAGGCAGAGGAAGAGUGGGACGAAGAGAGGAGAGAGGGGAGAGUAGAGCAAAGGGAGGAAGAGAGCACAGUAGGAGAAGGGGAUGCGACCAUUCUGCCAGCCCGGAAGGGCCUGAAGCCGAAAGAUUCUGGUCUUCUGCGGUUUCUGAAGUGCAUUGGUAUUAAAAGAUGGCGGGGUAAGUUGUUGAGUUGA